GAGGGGGUCUCAAGGGGAGCAUGCACGUAUCUCGUUUUCUUCUUUCUUCUUCAGGGAUAAAGGGAGUGCUGAUCGAGUCAAAGGUCGUAUAUAUACUCCCAAACACGAUCCUGCCUCUCACAUCCACUGGUAUUUCCAAAGCCCGAGUGAGGUGUUAAUGGAGUUCUCACGAGUGUUUCUUGAAGUUUAUGGUACAGAGGAAGGGUCAUACUGCCACCCGCCGAUCGAAAUGCCCCUAAAACUCCUAUGAAUGAUACAAAAUGAUGAAAAUGAGAAUGCCAUAGUGUAUUAUAGUAAGGAAUAAGAUAGAGGAACGCCAUUGAUAAAAAGAAAGAGGAAAAGAUGAUUGAGAGGAGGAGAUAAUAUGUAUGGAAAAAGAUGCCCGGCUGGGUCGUUGAACUACCCCUGAAAAUGCCCUAAAACUCCUACGAAUGAUACAAAAUGAUGAAAAUAAGAGUGCCAUAUAGUGUAUAUUAUAGUGAGGAAUAAGAUAGAAUAACGUACGCCAUUGAUAACCAGAAAGAGGAUCGCAGGGAGGAUCAAGAGGAGGGAAAAGAAUUAAGAGGAUGCAUGAGUCAUUGAACUACUCUUGAAAAUGCCCCAAUUAAAACUCCAGCGAAUGAUACGAAAUGAUGAAAAAUAGAGUGCCAUAAUGUAUUACAGUGAAGAAAGAUAAACUGUGUAGCGACAUUGAUAACCAGAAAGAGGAAGAGAGGAUCAAGAAGAGGAGAUAAAAGGAAAAAGAAGCUGCAUGGGUCAUUGAUCAACUACCCCUGAAAAUGCCCCAAUCAAAACUCCAACGAAUGAUACGAAAUGAUGAAAAAUAGAGUGCCAUAGUGUAUUACAGUGAAGAAAGAUAAACUAUGUAACGUCAUUGAUAACCAGCAGAAAGAGAAAGUAGGAGAAUAAAGGUUAAAAAGGAGAUAAGGAAAAAGACUCCCUAGACCCAGACCAAGGCCAAGAAAACAAAGUCAGCCUAGCCAGCCCCUGAAAACACCCCAUAAAACACCCACGAAGAAGAAGAAGAAGAAGGAGAAGAAAUAAGAGCGAAUGGAGGGCUCAGGACUGCCACGAAAGGAGCUGUUGUUAUAAUCCUGUCACCUGUGACCAAUAUCAAGAUCCUCCUUAUGAGUCUUUAGAGUUAAGGGCUGACAGCCAUAGUAACUUGUCAAACUUCUGAUGAUACUUAGAAAAUGUCUUAUCCAGAAGACUCAUUGAAAGAAAGCGUUGAGAUAUAGGACAGCUGCAUCACAGGAAGGUAUUACAAAAAGCAAACAAAGACACUAUCAAGAUAAUUGUAUAAUGAUGAGGGGGGCAGUUUGAAACUUUUCUGAAAUUAGAUAAGGUGCAAGAGGUUGGUCUGCAAAAUACCUAGACACAUGAUGAUGGGACACACAAGUACCUGUGUAAAGUGAUGGCCCUUCAUUUCUACCAGACGGGGAUAUAGUUCUGAUGUUGGAACACCUGGCCAACCCACCACAUCCCAAUUACAAACAGUGGUAGACUAUGUUUUGAGAACAUGGGUCUGCAGCUCCACACGGUCACCUUCCAGCUGAAGUAUUUUCAGUCAGUCUCUGCAUACCAGUAGUGAUAUUGAAGGAUGGCCUAGCAGACUAAACAAAUGUGCUGUAGGGAGAUGCAACCUCCAGUUUUACCUUCUUAAGACCCUGGUACUCAGCAUGAUGACUAGCCUUCUCCUUCUUUAAAUGGAGUGGCGAGGGUUGCUGGCAAACGCAGACAAGGCCUUCCAAAUCCCCAGAAUGAGCCGGCAGAAAAAGGUCAUCAUGGCUGUGAUCUUUUUUGGCUCCUUCAUCUAUAUUAUUUUGACUCAGGCUGUUCAAAUACUUGGAGGGGCACCAGGAGAACCCAUUCAUCCAGAAAUCCGAAAGUUUUGUUCAUCUGCUCCAAAAAGAAAUGUCAACAUUGAUGCUGAGGACACAGACAUGCCAAUGAUCUAUGUGGUAACACCCACGUACCGAAGGCCAGAGAUGGUGGCUGAGCUGACUCGCCUUGGCCAGACCCUCUCGAUGGUGAAGAGGAUACAUUGGAUUGUUGCUGAGGACAGCCUCACAUGCUCAUCUCCCAUCACUCAUCUCUUACAUCGAUUAGGUCUCUCUUAUACCCACAUGGCCACCCCAAUGCCAGAAGCUUAUCGCAGGGAGAAGUAUGUUCCUCGUGGGGUGUCCAACAGGCGGGCUGCCCUCCAGUGGGUGCAAGAAAAUGGUGAAGACUCAGGGGUCCUGUACUUCUUAGAUGAUGACAAUGCCAUUGAUAUACGACUCUUUAACGAAAUGAGAUCAACCCAGACUGUCUCCAUGUGGCCUGUGGGGCUCAUUGGUGAAUAUACUGUCAGCUCACCAGUUAUUAGAAAUGGUCAAGUGGUUGGCUUUUAUGAUGGGUGGCCAGCAGGAAGAAAGUUCCAGGUAGACAUGGCAGGGUUUUCAGUGGGAGUUGGGUACCUAAAGAAGCAGAAAAAAGUCACAAUGCCAUACAUUGCUGGGCAUGAGGAAGAUGGCUUUCUGAAAUCCUUAAAUAUCAACCUAAAAGAUAUAGAAGUGAAAGCUAAUGGGUGCACCAGCAUACUUGUUUGGCACACCCGCACUGCCAAGAAUCCCACCCGUACUCUGCGUCUGGCCCACCACCAGUCCACCAACAUUAAGCUGCUCACAGACAACAUGCGUAAGAUGGGGAUGAUAAAGUAGUCACAAAAAAUCUGUACAGUAACUAAUCCAGUCAUUUUUCUAUGAAAUAUUUCAGGUCUUUCUAGGGAUAUUAUAUUUUAUGUGUAAAAGUUCUCUAGUUUAUGCAUAGUAGAAUGUUUUUUAUGAGAUUCUUGAGAAGUACCGUAUUUUGUGGCGUAUAACGCGCACCAUUUUCACUUAAAAAAUGCCAGAAAGUUACCCCAGCGUGGUAUACACUGAAGGUACAAAUUUUGAUUGAUUUUUUUUUUCGGUCUGCCUUUUUCCCCCUUAAUUUUGAACUUUGCAUGGGGAUUUAUGGGUCAGAGCGACUUCUAGGCUGCCACACAGCUCCUUUGUGCCAUUCUCAGUGUUUCUGUGACUGUAACAAUUGCAGGAGAGUUUUUCAUAUCUUUCGUGUCUGAUUCCACGCCUGAGUGUCCAUAGCCAGUGACCUCGAAUCUCCUAAGCCGCCUCUUGCUCCCAAAAGAGCUCUCAGUGUGAGUGCAAUUGGGAGAGAGCUGAAACUGACUUUCAAACUUCAAAAGUGGUGUUAGUGGUGAAGACAGUGACAUCAACAGCAUUGAACUCGAACCCCUUGUCUUAUGUGCAACCUCAGUUUGGUGGUCAUCCUGUAGAUCAAUCUCAUUACGGUGAUGGUGGAAGUGAUACUCAGGCCCCUGAGGAUGCAUCUCAUCACCCUUCAUGGUUAUCAAGUUAAGAAUAUGAGGGUAUUUAAAGGGGUUUGUAGCGGGGUCGAGUGUGUGGAAGGGGAGGACGGCUGCCACCCACAACCUAUGCAGUUCUGCGAACACAGGUUACUGUGCUUCAUCACAUCACCACAUAAGCACCACAUGACGUAGAGACUUAGGGUUUGAGGCAGACUGAAGAGGAAGGAUGGAUUAAGCAAAUGCUCACAAAUUUAAAGCUACUGGCUUAGGUAGAGCCAUGAAAUUGAUAAUGGAAAGUGACCAGUUAUCGGGAGAACGUCAGAACGUAGCCGUAUGGGGAGAACCGAUUUCAUGGUACACCCCCGCCCUUUAAGGGUUAACAGAAAUUUUAGGAAACUGUACAUCAUCAGUCUUGCUUAACCGUACAUAUUUCUGAGUAUUUUAAGCACUGAGUAUUUUUUCCAAAAUUGUUAUCUUAAAGUUUAGGGUGCACGAUAUACGCUGGAGAGCACUAUACGCCGCAAAAUAUGGUAGACCAAAUACAUGGUAGUGACUCAUUAAAGAGUAAAUUUAUAAGCAACAUGAUUAUUAAAGUAGCACAGUUUCUCAAAAUUAACUUUAAGGAAAGAAAAAUAUUGCAUAAUCUUAAAGAGGUGAAAACAGUGCUUUAAUAUUAAUGCCAAAAAUGAAGAAUCUCAAACUGCAUCAACAUGGUACAAUCUGAAGCAGAAGGUAAUUAAUAAUCACUAGUUACUGUAGUAAACACAUUUCUGAGUUGUCUGAGUGAUAUUGAUAGGGCAGUCUAUCCUCUCCCCCCUGUCCAUGGCUAGCACUCAACCCAAUCCCAGCAUCAUGCAACCAAGGUAGCAUGAUGCUGAAUGACAGUGAGUCGUGUCAAAAGUCUUUGACAGAUUGUCUUGGUCCAAGAUGUUAUGGAUUCACUCAACAUGAGUAUUUGGUGCUGUCAGUAUCUGUGCAGAAGGACAAAGAUUCAGAUCUUCAGGUCACUUGUGUUCCCUUUGUUAUGUUAUGGCCACGAGACACAGUCACUAAAUGGUGACGAAGAGUAUAUUGAUGCAUUUGGUAAUAAAAACCUAAGCAGAAUCAUGGGUUAUUGCUGGAACGACUGUGUCAAAUUGGCAAUUACCCUGUGAGACUGAAUUGUCUGCAUUAUCCAUGAAUGCCAACUCUGGGUGUAUUGGUGUACAGCUUGAUACCCAGUCAGCUCUGCACUGUGUUGUAUCUGUAAAAGACAAUCUCGUGUGGAAGAGGCCAAGGGACACCUACAUAGUUCAUGGCUUGAGCAAGUUGAUGGAUCCUGCUGUGAGUUACAUGGGAUGGGAAAGUGUCCUGCAUGAAGACUUGCUUGGAAGAACCCCUGAAAAGGGCAUCAUAGGAUGGUGGAGCCAACUCGCCCCCUGGUGUGUGCUCCAAUUGAUUGGUUGACUAAGUGAGUUAUGUGGAAUUUCUUCUGUGGCAUUUUUGUCUUCCAUUGUAUCAAAUUACCCACUUUGAAAACUAAAUAUGCAGAAAUGACACUGUUAGUAGUAGGAGUCCAUUGUAUAAAUAUUUUUGAUGUCUUACAGGUAUGAAUCUCAUAAUACAGAAGAAUAUUCAGAAAGAGAAUUAAUUCUUUGUAGUUGUUGGUGAAAGAGCUUAAGUAUGACACCAACAAGACUGAAAAAGGCAUGGGUGUUUACUGAUCUGUGUGUGUGUGUGUGUGUGUGUGUGUGUGUGUGUAAACUUCUCCUUACGCAUGCAUCUAGUCUUCCUCAGUCUGUUCUCAUAUCCUCUUGAGUUUUGUGGUCCUCUUUCUGGCUGCACUGUCAGGUCUCUUCUGUCUAUCUCUUCGCCUUUUCCAUAUUAUUUAUUAUCUUAUAUAUAGCUUUAUCAAGUCUCCUUUCCCUCUCUUCUCUUCUAAUUUUGGUAGAUUCAUUUCCUUUGAAUUUUCCUCAUGCAUUAAACAUGCCAAAGUUGGAACCAUUUUCGUUGCUGAUCUUUACAUUCUGCCUGAUUUACUUAUGUGUUUCUUUUCAUGAGGUGACCACACAGUUGUUGCAUAUUCCAGUUUUGGUCUUGUCAUUGUUGUUGUUAUUUAUCUCAUUAUUUGUGUGUGUGUGUGUGUGUGUGUAUUUGUAAAUUUCCCUAGAUGUGAUAUACAGGAGGCAAGCUAGAGUCUUGUCCCCAAAUCUCAUUUUAUUUAGUUUAGCAUUAAAUUCAUGAAUAUUUUUGUCUUGAACUGUCUCCUGCUUAAGGUCAUUCCCAAUGUUAAUACAUCUGUAAGGUAGCCUGUGUUUCUUGAUAUUCCUCAGUCAUAUUGUCUUUCUCAGUUUUUUACCAUGACCUUUUUUUUAAUCCAGUGUUCCUUAUGAACAAGGUAUCCCUCUCAUUUUUCCUUCAUCACCCUGUACACCAAAAUAGGCACACUUAACAUCACCAUAGCCGAUCCAUGAUUCAGGAUGUUUCCUAACUUAAAGGAGGCAAUGUUAUAAUUGUAUUUUGUAAAGAAUCCUUAUAACCAAAAACUAACUAAAAUUAUGAGUAUUCUUUUUUUCUUGAACAGAACAUUGAAUAAACAACAGAACAAUAAUAUGAAAAUACGUAUAGCCACCGUUGCCAGAUUAUCGUACUCAGAGCAUAGUAUUUACCGGUUUCCGAUGCCUAACUAUUGCCAAGAAACAUCAGGAUCUAACUGUUUUAACGAUAACUAUAAAUGAGUUUCGUUAUUGGAGCCCAGAAGACAGUUUUGGGGCAGAAAGUCGGGAAACAUAACCUUGUUGAGUACGACAAUCUGGCAACAGUCUGUGGCCCCAGUCAGCAUCAUACACCAUUUGUGGGUAUCAGAUACCUUAAAUAGCAUAUUUUUACUGUGCAAAGCAGGUGAUGUCACUUAUUGUGACUUCGUGAGCUUAUAUAUAUAUAUAUAUAUAUAUAUAUAUAUAUAUAUAUAUAUAUAUAUAUAUAUAUAUAUAUAUAUAUAUAUAUAUAUAUAUAUAUAUAUAUAUAUAUAUAUAUAUUUGUGUAUAUUUCAUGAAGGCAAAACUUACAUUACUAGUUUCAUUUUUACUAGUGAUACAAAUUUGUGAUUGUUCAUCACAAUAGAAUUUCACUCAAAUAAGUGAAUCAGACAUCACAGAAAUAUUACCAGUGUGUGUAUGAAUGAAUACAAAGAUAAGCACAUACUUUGAUUUAACUCUUGGAUGUCUCGUGGAUCAUUAAUAAAUAAAAACAAAAUAUCCGGAUAGGCUACUCUUUAGCCCAGUUCCACCUAUGGCUGCCCAAAAAAGUCCCUCCGCCAAGUUUGUACCCCACAUUUGGUGAUGUUAGGUGUGCCUAUUGGAUCAACUCUCUCUCUUUUCCACUCCAAGGUUGGUAGACCCAACAUUUUCAAUCUCCUCUCAUAUGUCAUGUCUCAGACUUGGCACCAUUUUUGUUACUCUUCUCUGAAUUCUUUUUUUCCUAAUAUUUUCUUUCUGUGUGGAGACAACACCACUGCUACAUAUUCCAAUCUUAACUCAAUCACCAACAGGAGACAGGACCCUUCUUCACUGAAGCUUGAUUGCUUGUUUAUGAUGGCAGUGUUAUUAGUUGAAUCAUGGGAGCCAUUGAAAAGGUGUGUUUUUGCAGUGGUGUCUUAAGUGUGCGUGUAUUUAUCUAGUAUGCACGAAAUAUACAGAAAAUGAGCCACGCUUGUGGGGUCCUGUCUCCAUGAAUCAUUAUUCGGUCAAACUUAGCUCUAAAUCCAUUUAAGUUUUUGGACUAGAUGAUUGCACCAUCUACACCUUUUCACCCUCAAAUUAAAAAAAAUUGAAUUUCAAAUUUAAAAAAGUUGAAAUUCAAAUUAAAAAAAGUUGAAAUUCAAAUUUAAAAAGUUGAAUUUCAAAUAAAAAAAGUUGAAUUUCAAAUUAAAAAAGUUGAAUUUCAAAUUAAAAAAGAUGAAAUUCAAAUUAAAAAAGUUGAAUUUCAAAUAUAAAAAGUUGAAAUUCAACUUUAAAAAGUUGAAUUUCAAAUUUAAAAAAAUUAAUUUCAAAUUAAAAAAGUUGAAUUUCAAAUUAAAAAAGCUGAAGUUCAAAUAAAAAAAGUUGAGGUUCAAUUAAUAGAUGAAGUGCAAGCCAUAGAAAGAUAUAUGUGCAUGCCUACAUACAUAAAUGCAGACAUCCACAAAUAUAUAUAUAUAUAUAUAUAUAUAUAUAUAUAUAUAUAUAUAUAUAUAUAUAUAUAUAUAUAUAUAUAUAUAUAUAUAUAUAUAUAUAUAUAUAUUCUACAUAUGUGAAGGUAUUCUAUGUUUCAUUAUUUUUACGUUGCUACGUAUAGUGUAAUAGUGCGCCUCUCUCCCACUGAGCUCUAAUAUGCAUGGAGGGGUUAUCUCCCCCGUCAGCGUUUGGCCGCCGGCCACUAUAUUGAAUGACCCGCACUCGGCGCCUCCACCAUAGUAAUUGAAUGGGAACUCUGUAGUUAUUUUGUUUUCUUUGUCUCACUCAUUCCACAUUUGCUCAUUCCAAGGACUUGUUCCUGACCCCCUCACUCCACAUGCAUUCAUUCCACUUACACUCAUUCCACAAACACUCAUUCCACACACACUUAUUCCACAUGCACUCAUUCCACAAACCCUCAUUCCACACACACUCAUUCCACAAACACUCGUUUCACAUGCACUCAUUCCACAAACACUCAUUCCUCAAAGACUCACUCCACACGCACUCAUUCCACAAAUAUUCACUCCACACGCACUCAUUCGACAAGGACUCAUUCCACACUCACUUAUACCACAAACACUCAUUCCACAAGCACUCAUUCCUUAAAGACUCAUUCGACAAAUAUUCACUCCCCACGCACUCAUUCCACAAACCUUCAUUCCACAAAUACUUAUUCCACACGCACGCAUUCCACAAGCACUCAUUCCACAAAUACUUAUUUUACAUGCACUCCUUCCACAAACAGUCAUUCCAAAAAUACUUAUUCCACACGCACUCAUUCCACAAACCCUCAUUCCACAAAUACUUAUUCCACACGCACUCAUUUCACAAGCACCCAUUCCACAAAUACUUAUUCCAUGAGCACUCAUACCACACAUCCCCUCCACACAUGCAUAAAUACAUACAUACGUACAUACAUACCGUACACACAUACACACACACACACUGCCUGAUGGCUCAGUGGUAGAGCUUAGGGUUUCCACCUUAGGGGAUGUGAGUUCGAUCCAUGCCGCUCACGCAGAUUUUUUCACACACACACACACACACACACACACACACACACACACAUAUAUAUAUAUAUAUAUAUAUAUAUAUAUAGAUAUAUAUAUAUAUAUA